UUGCAUACACAGCUGGGGCGCGGCGCAGGCUCACUAGCUGCGGCUGAGUAUGGAGCGUCCUGGCAACGCGCCAGAAGACUGGGAAAUUUUUGAGAUUCUCUGCCGAGACCUGGAGACGUCUGGCGGAGAUGAAAUGGCCCACGAUAUGGCGACUUCGCUGCGAAGUGAGUUGGCAGCUCUGCAGUACAAACGCGAUCGCCUACAGCUCGAGCUUGGAGAUGCGCGAGCACAGCUGCGGUCGCGCGAGCAGCGGCUGUCGGAGCUGCAAUCGGAGGCUGAGCAGCUGCGGGAGCAGAACGCCCGGCAGACAUCCAUCAUCACGUCGCUGCGCAAGAGGGUUCAGGAACUGGAAGACCGCGAGAGGAGCCUGAUAGCCACGCAGGGCCGCACCGACGCCUCCCUGCAGGCGCUGCAGCGGGAGAACCGCUACAGCGAAGACAAGGUCAAGGAACUCGAGAAGAAGGUGCGCAUGCUGGAACUGGAGUGCCACUCGGAGGAGAGCAUGAAGGAGUCGCACCGCAAGGCGAUGCAGGACCUGUUGCGGAGGCUGUCGGCGGCGCUGGGCAUCGACUACUCGGACACUGCGCCCUCCUCGCCAGACAGCCUCAUCCACAAGGCAGCCGAGCUGGUGCAGGAGACCACACGCCUGCGGGCAAAGUCAACUGAUGCCACUGAGAACCUAGCUUCAGCAAGUACUGAACUGAGAAGCUGUCGAGAUGCUUUGGAAAGAACUAUGGUUGACAGAGACUCACUCCAAAGACAAGCUGCAAGCCAGCUGCUUGAAAUAGACAGGCUCAGGCAGGAAAAGGACAAUCUAGAAUUGCAACAAAGGGCCUUAGAACGGGAAGUUGCAGAUCUUCGGGAUAAAUUUUCUGCUACAAGUAGAAGCCUAGGUUCUGUCACAAACAGUCUUACUACUCAAGAGGGUCUAGUCAUUCAGCUAAAAGAGGAAGUCAAACUGAAGGAAGAGAAACACCAGAGAGUACACAAUGAACUCAGGCACCUGUUAGAAUCUCUUGCAAUCCAGCUGAGUUCACCUACAAGAUUCGUUGAAUCAGCAGAAGGUAACAUCAAGGAACGGAUCCGAGAAAUUCUUCAGGACAAUAAGGACAAAAGUGCCGAACUGGAAGAACUUCGAGACAAAGUGGCAAGCCUUACACAGCAACUGAAUAGACAGAUAGAACAAAACGAACAAGCAAAUGCUCGGAUACGUCUUCUGCAGGAUGAGAAAGCUGUUGUAGAGUCUCGACUUAAUAAGACAGAGAGUGAUCUGUCAAUGGCUGAAGUGACAAAGGAUGGACUACGCCGUGAUAAGAAUACGUUCAUGUCAUUCCUAGAAAGACUGGCACGUGUCCUCAGUGUGGAUGAAAUAUCAAAGGAUGUUGGUGUCGAUUUGAUAACUGACUCUUUAUUGGCAAGGGCAGAACAACUAGCACGAUUAGAAAACGAGAAGAUAAUAGACAAGUACUGGUGGCUUUAUGGAACGUACCCACGAUUGAGGAGGGAAUGUUCGUUCCCUGAUCUACCACUUCGAGAAACAUCAGCCGUAUAUCAGCUGCAGCGAAGGGUGAGAACUCUUCGGGAACAACUGCAACGCAGAGAUUUGCAUUUGGACUUACUGAGACGUAAGAUUGCUCUCCAAGAAGAUAACAGUCGUAUGCGAACACUGCUAGAGAAUGAACGAGAUGAGGCUAACCUGAGGGUGAAGAAAUUGCUGAAGCAGAUAGAUAAGUUGCAGUUACAGCUGGCAGAAUCUCGUGCCCAGGUCAGAGACCUGAAGACACAACUUGCAGAUGCAGCAGAUUACAAAAUAGCAGCCCUAGAGAGAGGCAGAAAAAUUGAAGACUUGCAGAAGAGAUUAGUGGAAUCUGAAAUGCAACGGACAAGGUAUAAUCGCAAGGUCACACUUCUGAAAGAUCAGGUUCGAGCAACAAGUCAGUCUGCUGAGCAAGAGCGAUCUCUGAAUGACCACCAGGUACAGUUGCUACGAGAUGAGCUGUCCAGUACAAAGCAAAGCCUGCUGGAUUGUCAGCGAAGAGAAAGUUCGUUACAGAGCUUCCGAUCAUCAGUCAGCAAACUCCUGGGUUUGGAUCUCCCUGUGCCAGACUAUGAAAUUAUCUCACGCCUACAGAAACUGGUAUCCGCACAUCGUGACUUUACUCUUGUCUCUCGCCGAUACGAUGAUCCCCUAUUGCUCGGAUCAGCAUCAAGGACACCUCUUCCAGUGGGAAACAGCCCAAACCCAGGACCAAGAACACCUCGAUUUGAUGAUUCUGGUUUUGGAGAUCCACCUGAUCUCAGUACCUUAGAUGACAGUGACGAUGUUAAUGGCAUCUAUAACAAACGACCUCUGAGAACUUCUACGUAAUGUGACAGUUUUGAGAUCUUGCAUUUUACCAUUGUAAGUUAGAGCUCAAGGUUAUGUACAGAUAAAAAAAAGUGAAAAAGUUUUCCACUGUAUAUUUUAUCAGCAAACCAUCUGAGACUUAUUUUCUAGUGACCAGCCAACACUAUUGUAAUGUAUAUGACUU